CCUAAAACCUCUAGUCUCAAAACCCCAUUUCGCGUUGCAACAAGACGAACAGAGAAAACAAUCAUGGCGCAAUGGUGGCGCUCCGCCGCCGGGCAUCUCCGAUCAGUGAAGGCAAACUGCACCUCCUCCUUAUCGUCACUCCGUUGUAGUCAUUACCACACAAUCCAAGCAAUCCCGAGAGAAAGCACGGGCAAUAAAGUCGCAGCCAGAGACAGAAUGCAAGGUCGAAUACCGGCCGUCGUUUUCUUCCAGAAUCUUCUUGACAAAACCCCCGACUCACGAUCCACGUCAAGGAAACAUUUACUCACCGUUGAGAAGAAGCAGAUUAAGGCAGUGCUCAAUUCCAUUGAAGCUCCGUUCUUCUGUUCCACCCGUUUUCCGCUCCAGAUUCGUGCUGGAUCCGGAUCCACUCAUUUGCUCGAAAGCGGAACUGUGCUACCUAUCAAGAUUCAUAAGGAUAAAGAGAGUGGGAAUAUUUUAAACUUGGUGUUUGUUUGGGCUGAAGAUGGCACGAAUUUGAAGGUCGAUGUUCCUGUUGUUUUCAAAGGUGAAGAUGCUUGCCCCGGUCUUCAGAAAGGUGGUAUUUUGAAUAAGAUCAGACCUAGUCUUACAUAUCUUUGUCCUUCUGAGCACAUUCCUUCAAAAAUUGAGGUGGAUAUCAGCAAUCUAGAUAUUGAAGAUAGGAUAUUCAUGCGCGAUAUUGAGGUUCAUCCAUCUUUGAAGCUUCUAAGUAAGAACGAAAACAUGCCCAUAUGUAAAAUAGUUUCAACAAGUGUGGGAAACCAAGAACCAGGUGUUGAAAGUGCAUUUGAUGAGAGAAAUGCAGAGACUUCCAAAUAAGCAGGGUUAACUCCCAGAUUUGAAGGUAUGUUGGCAAUGACAACGAGUACAAACACCUGAGAUGUUAGAACUGUUUUGUAUUGGACUAUUUUGGUGCUUGAAUAUAGGUGGGUGGCUGUUGAUUUAUAAUGGAUUGAUCUGUUCAUUCAAAAUCUUUGAUGGCAUAGAGUUGUUUGUCGCAUUGUUGUUUAAUCUCUAUUCAGAAAAUAGUGUAUUUUUAUUUUCUGAUGGUUUUAGCAUGUUAUGUUUGAAGGAUUAAACAUGAAUAAAAUUUAACUAUAGAUCAA